UAACAGGACCUCAGCGCCCUUCCAGCUCAUUAACAGGACCUCAGCGCCCUUCCAGCUCAUUAACAGGACUUCAAAGCCCUUCCAGCUCCGUAACAGGACCUCAGCGGAGUCAGCGCCCUUCCAGCUCAUUAACAGGACCUCAGCGCCCUUCCAGCUCAUUAACAGGACCUCAGCGCCCUUCCAGCUCAUUAACAGGACCUCAGCGCCCUUCCAACUCAUUAACAGGACCUCGGCGCCCUUCCAGCUCCUUAACAGGACCUCGGUGCCCUUCCAGCUCAUUAACAGGACCCCAGCGCCCUUCCAGCUCAUUAACAGGACCUCAGCGCCCUUCCAGCUCAUUAACAGGACCUCAGCGCCCUUCCACCUCAUUAA